GGUAUAUAAAGUGUGCCUCUCCUGAGUCGCCCUUUGUUUCGCGUCCAUUCGAAGAAGGAACAGGUCAGCAUGUUGGGUCGUACCUAUAGUCGUCUUAGCGAGGUCGUGUGUCGUUCCUUGACCCGGUCUGUCGCCACCGCCACGAAGGCCACGAAGGUCGGGGUCGUUGGUUGCGGUCAAGUGGGUCAAGCUGUAUCCAGCAACUUGGUCAACAAAGGGUUCAAGGUCGUAGCUGCUUGCGACACGGACAGGUCACGCCUCCUUGACCUGCCUUCGAGUAUACGUCACGUGACCACGCCCAGGGAGGUCACCGAGCUCGCCGAUGUUGUUGUUUCUUGCAAGCGAGCCAACAUCGACCUGAAAACCUUCUGGGACGCGAUCCGCCUCAGCGUCGGAAACAGCUUCGUGUGGGAAACGGCGUCGCCCGUGAUCUUCAACGGAGGCGAUUACGAUCCCGGCUUCUCCCUCUCGUUGCAAAACAAGGAUCUGCAACUCGGCUACGACAUGGCCCGGAAGUACAAGGUCCCCAUGGAGAUGCACCAACUGGCCCUCAGCGUCUACCGUCGCUCAGAAUAUACCUUUGGGGAGGAAGCCGGGUGUUAUAUCGUACCCAAGGAGCUCGAGCUAGCUUUGGGCGAGUCCCUCCAGAUCCCUGGCUUUAAGAAAUGGGAGUAUGAUAAUGUUAUUGAAGAUGGGUCUCUCAAUGUUAGGCAUCUGGGUGUUGAGGCGUGAGGUGUGAGGAGUGAGCGUUGUGGUUGAGUGAUUGGGAUGUGUUGGGGGUUUGUUGGGGGUGUG